GAAAUCGUUUAUCAUGCAUUGCUUUGAGGAAGUUGUACACUUAAGGCUGAGAAUAGUUUUGAAAUAGAACUGUUUACAUCACUUGAAAUUAUUACGAAUUCGAAAGCAAAUUCAGUGCACGUCAGAAAUUAAGGCUUUUCAUAGUUCUACAGGAAGACAUAGAAACCUUUAACCUUGGCAGACGCAUUGGGUCGUUAUGUCUCGAAAAUUCACGAUGUGCAUGAGAAUAUACGAAGCGCUUCAAACGAAAAUCUUCAACUUCAUGAAUAUUGCUGGUAUCCUACUGAUAUUAGCGACGAUUUCACGACCAAAUGACGCAGAUAAACACCAUCUUCAUGGCAUCAACAGGACGUGUAUUCCUGCCGAAGCUGAGCCAUUGCUCAACUCAAGUGGAUGUUAUCCUUUGGUGAAUUUCACCCGACCUUUUUGUCAGAAUCAUGGUGUGACUUUGUCAGACUACACAUACAGAAGGCCAUAUAAACAAAGGCAGUUCAAUGAUCAAGUCAAUAAAGAGUAUGAGCAAUAUGUCAGGCUUGGUUUACCAAAAAUAGGCAAACUCCUCAAUGUGGACAACGACGCGGUGAUAAAGUGCGUACAUGCUUUAGUGCCAUUACUAUGCCAUUUUUAUUUUCCAAGUUGCGAAGGAACCCGGAGCAAGUAUAAGGAGCAAAAGAUUUGUCGAAAAACAUGUCUUAAUCUUAUUCAUACAUGUGACAAAAUUUGGGAUUUUUUUGUAAAGGCUUAUACGAUUAAGUAUUCAAAUACUAAGACGAGAAAGCUCGUACAAUGCAAACUACAGCCUUAUAGAAAUGCUGGUGACUCCCCAGAAUGCUGGUAUGCUGAUCUUGAAGAUUCUGCAGUUACAAUUCAAGCUCCGGAAUGGACAACCAAUGCGGAUUGUCUAUACUUAAACGGAAGCAGUUACAAUGGCAACAUAUCAGUGACAGCCUCAGGUAUUCUUUGUCAGCCAUGGACAGAACAAUGUCCACAUCGUCAUACCAUGAACACCACAUAUCCAGAAUUAAAUGACGCCAAGAAUUAUUGUCGUAAUCCCAAGAACUCAGGACAAAGACCUUGGUGUUUUACUACAGAUAGGAACAAGAGAUGGGAGUACUGUGAUAUCCCUAGAUGUACACCAGUUCAUGGUAAUUAUGGCAACUGGUCAUUGAGCAGUGCGUGUAAUGUAACUUGUGGUGAAGGUUUUGAAACAUGGACACGAGAUUGUGACAAUCCUGGACCAAAGUUUGGUGGAAGAAACUGUAGUCACCUAGGAGAAGCCAUUGAGUAUAGACCAUGUCGGACAGCACCAUGCCCUGUUAACGGUGGUUACACCAGCUGGAGUUUGGAUGUCCCAUGCAAUGUUUCGUGCGGUGAAGGAAUGGAAAUAUGGCGACGUAAUUGUGAUAAUCCAGAACCAAAAUACGGAGGCAGCAACUGCAGUCAACUGGGGAAGUCGAUUAAGUUAAGGAAGUGCGCCAAAAAGCCAUGUCCAGUCGAUGGCAACUAUGGCAACUGGACAAGAUUGUCGCCAUGUAGUGCCACGUGUGGUCAGGGUGUUGAAAUCUGGGUACGAAACUGUGAUAACCCCCCGGGAAAAUACGGUGGAAACUGCAGUAAGCAGGGAGUGGAUCAUGAAAAUCGAAUGUGCGCGAAGAAACCUUGCCAAGUUGUCUCCCACACCAAGACGAUUGGUUUCAUCGUUGCUGCUACCUUUGUCAUAGUCGUGAUAAUCUUAAGUUUAUCUUUCGUUCGUCACAAACGCCGUGGAAAGAGUGUUAAAUUUUCUUCUGAACAAAUCCGUGGCGAACAACAGCCUCCGGAAAACGACGAACUAUUUCGCUGUAUCGCUCUUGUUCCCCAAGAAGAAGGGACGAGUACAUCGCAGGAGACUGGUACUGGUGUUGUAUAUGAAAGCCUGACAGCUGAUGGAAACUCGAUUUCAGACUAAUAACAAUAUAAUCAUUGCAUAAAAAAAUAAGUGGUUUAAAAUUUUAUGACCUAUUAAUUCGUUUUCAUUUGCAAACUAUCUAUAAAACUCUGGUUCACUUCUUUGAAACUAGCUGAAAGAGGGUUUAUUUUACAUAGCUUGUGGUCUUUCACACGUUUAGAACAAUAGUAGCUGUGAUAAAAAUAAACUUUUAAAAAAAUUGAAGAUGCUCGAAUAAUCUAUUUCAUAUUACCUAAUACGUGUAUAAUCGGGCACUCCAUCAACAAUAAGAACAUGUGAUGUGAUGAAUAAUGACCUCAUCUAACCUGUCGACUUCCCGUGUGAAAAUGAUACCCAGAAUAGCUGUUUUUUUAAGUUUGUGUCUAUCGCAUCAGGCCUAUUUUAUCUAAAACUAUGCU